CAGUGCAGACGAGUGAGCUGAGGUUGGCGUCCGGUUUUUCUGGUUUGCGAGAAUAUGAGCCAAGAGCGCAGAUAUUCUAGAGCUGUGAUUUAUUCGUCGAGGUUCUCAACUGACUGGAAUGCUGAUUGAUUCGUUUGUAUAUUUAAAUACAAGCUAACGUUGAACUAAUUACAGUUGAAGACUCGCGGUAUAGCACGUAGGCACGGAGUAAUCACGAAACAGAAGCAGCGCGCAUCAUAAGUUGCGGUAACGAUAAAGCUUUGCAGUGGGAAGAUGAGUAAGGAGGUAAUUGAUCAAGGUGUUGAAGCGAGUGGAACAGCAGCAAGCGGCAUGUAUACCGAAUGCAGUCCAUCCAUUGAUUUAUUUAAACGCCUCGAUUCACAGCAACUAGAGAAGCUCUACUUGCCUAGCAAUUGGAGCAAAAGGCACGGACCGACGGAAUUAUUAGUACGUUACUUCGAGUUUUGUCAAGAUGCAACACUCCGAGCCCGCUGUACCUUCCAACACGAGCUUGAUAUUCCUUACGGGCCCGGCGAGAAAACCAAAUACGACAUUUAUGGGACGAAUCUCCCAAAAGAAGCACCAAUUCUCCUAUUCAUUCACGGUGGUUAUUGGCAAGAGUUUAGCAAAGAUUUAUCGGGAUUUGCAGUGCUAAAUUUUGUUACUCACGGUAUCAAAGUUAUCAUCGGGGGUUACGAUUUAUGUCCUGCAGUAACAUUGACGGAUAUCGUCCAAGAAACCAAGCAACUAGCGCAAACAAUUUUAACGUUAGCCCGAUCGUCAGGAUCAAAAUGCGUGUGGAUAGUUGGUCACAGCGCUGGUGCACAUCUUGCCGCGAGCCUCUUGCAUGAUCGCGACUGGUUAAGAUCCAUGGAUAAGCUUGGCUGCAGACAUUUUCUCAAAGGUCUCGUUCUUAUCAGCGGUAUUUACGCUCUUGAACCUCUUUUACGUGUGAGCGUCAAUAACCUUUUACAGCUCACGUCAGACGAAAUAAAGUUAUUUACAUUUGCGCCUUUGUACGGUACGGAAAAUAACGCGGCGGCGGCGGCGGCACCGGCGGAACCCUUGCAGAAUCUCAAAGUCUUGGUAACGGUCGGUGAAUGUGACUCGCCAAUUUUCGUUGAGGAGUCGCGUCGCUACGCGAGGCACAUCACAAUGUUUGUUGAUAACGUCGAGUUUCUACUAAUAAGAGACAAUACCGAUCACUUUGAUAUCGUACAAAAUCUUAUAAAAACUGACUUUAGCCUGUCGGAAAUCAUAAUAAAUUACAUAAAGUCUUAACUU